GCAACAUCGCCGAAGUGGUCGCUCCCACUGUGGUCUACGGAUGUACAGGAAUUGCGCUCAUCCUGUACAUUUCGCUGCGAACCUUCGGCCGUGUGGAUGUCUUCCUCGGCACAGGCGAAGACUUGAAGCGUGUCUACAGGCAGAUGGCGACGGCACAGCGGGCUCCCAACCCCCCAUCGUGGGCCUUCGGUGGAAACUGGCAGUUUGUGCCGUGGAUUGUCUACAACCU